CCUGCGCCGUGGGCCGGUCCUCCGACUCCGCGCCUCGGGCCGGUCCUCCGGCGCCGCGCCUGCGCCCUGGGCCGGUUCUCCGGCCGCCAUGUGCGAGGACGAGCUGCGCUGCAACGUGCGGCGCUGCCGGGCCCGGCUCUCCGGCUUCGCCUGGGUCACCGCCUGCUCGCACGUCUUCUGCGACCCGCACGGCAGCGGCCAGCUCGGCCGCUCGCCCGCCCUCUGCCCCGCCUGCAGCACCGCGCUGGCCGGCGGCCUGGACAUCGUCCGCACCCACCUCAGCCCGUCCGAGCGCCACAAGGCCAUGGUGCUGGCCGGCCUGCGGCCCCAGCUCGUCCUCGACAUCGCCGCCCGGGCGCUCGCCUUCUGGACCUACCAGAUCCACCAGGAGCGCAUGUACCAGGAGUUUGCCUACAACAAGGCGGAGGGCCAGAUGCGGCAGAUGGAGAAGAUGUACACCCAGCAGCUCCAGGCCAAGGACAUGGAGGUGAGCGGCAGCCGCAGCGAGGUCAGCUCCCUGAAGAAGCUGCUAGAGGAGUACAAGAAAAAGUACAGCGACAUGUCCGAGAAGCUGAUGGAGAGGAACCGGCAGUACCAGCGGCUGCAGGGCCUGUACGACAGCCUGCGUCUCCACAGUAUCGCCCUGGCGGGAGAGGGGGAGCCUGCAGGAGCCUCCGGAGGGGUCUGCAGCCUGCCCACAGGCAGCCUGAACCAGUUCGUGCCGGGAGACCCCCCGGGCCGGAGACCCUCAGGCGACGGGGACUUCUGCCUCCGACCCUCCUUCUUCAGCUCCCCGGCCCCAGAAGGUUCCAGUAGUUUCUUCAGCUUCUCUCCGGGCGACGAGCGGGAGCGGCCGCCCCUCGGUGAGCCCAGCUGCUCCUUCAAGAUGAAGAGGAUGUGAGGGACGGCAGAGGGGAGGGCAGGUGAGGCGGAGGGGAGGCGGGAACCCUCGCGCCCCCCGAUGUAUGGAACUGCUGCCACCAAUAAAGCCGGUGUGUGGGAUCCUGUCACUACCUCGUCCCUCUGCACCCAGUGAGCUCACACUGCCUGCACCGCACCCCCACCUCACCCAGUGGGCACGGGGGUGGGUCAGGGGGUAGAGAAGGGUGGGGUCUGGGGGGGGGGGGGGGUGUGGGGUGAGGGUAUGAUUUCCCAGCAGUGAACAGCUCUGCACAAGGUGGGUUUAUUGCAGUCGCACCGGGGAUUCACGGCGCCCGUCGCACCGGGGAUUCACGGCUCCCGUCACCGCGAGCACGGUCACACCGGG